CGCCGUGUCCGCCCUCUUCCCGUCCACUCGUCGCCUCGCCUCGCCGCCGUUCCUCCCACCGUCGCCCCGGUGCGGUCGUCGCCGUACCGUUCCUGGAGACAAACCGGAGCAGGCUCGGUGUUUCGCUGCGAUGGCGCGCGUGUACGUCGGCAACUUGGAUCCUGCUGUGACGGCCCGGGAGCUCGAGGACGAGUUCCGCGUGUUUGGGGUUCUCCGGAGUGUAUGGGUUGCAAGAAAGCCACCUGGUUUUGCUUUCAUCGAUUUUGAUGACAGGAGGGAUGCUGAGGAUGCAAUUCGUGAUAUGGAUGGCAAGAGUGGUUGGAGAGUUGAGCUGUCUCGUAGUGCCAGCAGUGGUCGUGGUGGUCGUGAUCGAUCUGGUGGGUCUGAGAUGAAGUGUUAUGAAUGUGGUGAGUCUGGGCACUUUGCUCGUGAAUGCCGCCUGAGGAUUGGAUCUGGGGGUCUAGGCAGUGGAAGGCGUCGCAGCCGUAGUCGGAGCCGCAGCCGCAGUCGUAGUCCUAGAUACCGCAGGAGUCCAAGCUAUAGCAGAAGAAGCUACAGCCCCCGAGGGCGCUCUCCAAGGCGUCGUAGUGUGUCACCGGCUCGUGGGCGCAGCAUCAGCAGAUCACCAGUCCGUGGACGUGAUGAAUCUCCUGUGUAUGGCAGUGGGUAUCGCCGCAGCAGGAGCUAGAGAGCUGAACCUGAUGUCUGGAGAGUUAUGUUACAUCAGUACCCGCCAGUUAUGAGCAGUGUCCUAUUUGAAAGAUUCUCCAUCGACUGCUUGACUUUGGUUAAGUCUCCCAUAACUUUUUCUGCCCUAAUAUGGUUGUGUUUGAUUUUGAUCUCUGGAGAAACUUAUGGAUGGGUGUAUUGUUUAACUAAGAUUAGCUGCCUUUCUUUUGUGUGUUAAGAAGGCAUCGUCCUGCACUGCACUGCACUGCUUGAACGACUCAGCCGGCUACGGCUUUCAGUUAUGUCUUCAUGGUUUUGCGCUUCACUCUUCAUUCCUCGCGCAUCCUCGACUGCUCCAUGCGAACUGUGUAUUAGUUCCUGUCCUCUGUGAUGCGUGUACUUCGUUGAAGAUGCUGCUCGUCGAAAAGCAGUAACGACUUUUCUUCUUAUACCAAAUUUGUAAGGUUACACUGUGCUGAUAAAUGCAGCUUCUGGAGGCACACAUUUCUUUGUAGGUCGACUCUCCAGAAACUGCACCUGCUGGAGGGCUUGCACUCUUGCUGCCAGAUGUCCGAGGGCAAUUAUACCUUGGCAGAUACAGCUAGAGGUGUAAGCACUUCAAGACUGCGCAGAAUUCGGCACUGCGCGUAGGUCUUCAUUUUAUGACCUUCGCUCUCAACCUACUGGUUCCUCCACUGCUCCAAACAUCUUCAAAUGACGAGGGUUGGGUGCAAUAUAUUUGUUGAUUGGUUUAAUUAAUGUGCUAUUUGCUAAAUUUUGCACUGAUGAAGUCGCGCGGCGUUGAAAUGAUAGGUGUGUUGUGUGUCUCA